AUCCAGCGCGUGUGUAUAAGCACAGAUUUACCACCAAGUAUGAGCAGUGCAGUUGCACGGUUGGCCAUUCCACUUGAGCCUCAGAGAAAAUACUCUGUGAAGACUAUUUUGACUAUGUCUCGUCAGAACAGGUUAUUGCCCAGGUCACACUGUCCGUGGACUACGUUUUUUUGAGAACGGGAUCCCAGCGGCCCAAGCCUACAGCUUCAAUGACAAGCUCCACGUUCGCCGUGUCUUCAACCUGUCAAAAAUGAAAAUCCAGCCCGCAGCGCAGUCACACCCGCACAUCGCUGAGCUAGAGUUAGAGGCAUAUGGGAGGGACUGGAUACUUGAAGCUUUUAUAUCUAUGCCGCUAAUCAUCUUCAUUGAUGGAUUUGGCGUGUAUAGAAAUAUGUACUGCUCACUCAUUGGAAUAUACACAAUUGCAGCGCAGUCUCUACAAGACCGCAUGAAGCGGUCAAAUGUGUUCGUGAUAACUCUUGGGCCACAUGGUGCCAAGCUUAACGAUGUUAUGUCAUCACUCCCCGAGCUAUCAAAGCUUGACCGAGGUACAAUCCUCACAAUUAACGGCAAAAUGAAGCGCGUGCUUGCAUUUCCUAUUUGCUUUACUGGGGACAUGCCCCAGCAAAAUGAUAAUGCGGGGGUGUUGCGGCUAGGCUGCGCACUACUCGCCCAAUACUCGGCUCACUCACUCAGUGGGUUACUCAGCUGGGUGAGUAGCUGA